AUGUUUACUGAGACAGAGGCUAAAGUAGAAGACGGUGAAUAUAACGAUCUGCCCGAGGGUGAAAUUGAAUCCAAUUGGGAGGAAAUCGUUGACAAUUUCGACAACAUGAGCCUUAAACCUGAACUUCUUCGUGGAAUUUACGCUUACGGUUUUGAAAAACCAUCUACGAUUCAACAACGGGCCAUUCUUCCUGUGAUUAAGGGGCAUGAUGUUAUCGCCCAGGCCCAAUCAGGAACGGGAAAAACCGCUACAUUUUCUAUCUCAAUUCUUCAGAAGCUUGAUAUGUCCAUUAGUCAGUGCCAAGCCCUUGUCCUCGCUCCAACCCGUGAGUUGGCCCAACAAAUCCAGAAAGUAGUUAUUGCUCUUGGUGACUUUAUGAAUGUUGAAUGCAAUGCUUCAAUUGGUGGUACUAACGUCCGUGAGGGUAUCAAAAAACUUGAAGCUGGUGCACAAGUAGUCGUUGGUACCCCUGGUCGUGUAUAUGACAUGAUCAAUCGCCGUGCUUUGAAAACCGAUCAUAUAAAAAUGUUUGUUCUUGACGAAGCUGACGAAAUGCUGUCCCGUGGUUUUAAAGAACAAAUAUACGACGUUUUCCAACUUCUCCCACCUAGUACUCAAGUAGUUCUCUUAUCAGCCACGAUGCCAGCUGAUGUUUUGGAAGUUACUACUAAGUUUAUGCGUGAACCUGUUAGAAUUUUGGUCAAGCGCGAUGAGUUGACCUUAGAAGGCAUUAAGCAAUUUUAUAUUGCUGUUGAAAAGGAAGAGUGGAAACUUGAUACUCUAUGUGAUCUUUACGAAACUGUCACCAUUACUCAAGCAGUUAUCUUCUGUAACACACGAAGAAAAGUGGACUGGCUAACAGAUAAGCUACAUGCGCGAGAAUUCACCGUGUCUGCUAUGCAUGGUGAUAUGGAUCAGUCUCAACGUGACGUUAUUAUGAAGGAGUUCCGUUCAGGUUCUUCUCGUGUACUUAUUACCACGGAUCUAUUGGCUCGUGGUAUUGAUGUUCAACAAGUAUCACUGGUCAUUAAUUACGAUCUUCCUACUAACCGCGAAAACUAUAUUCAUCGCAUUGGAAGAGGAGGUCGGUUUGGUAGAAAAGGUGUCGCCAUUAACUUCGUUACGAGUGAUGAUGUUCGAAUGCUUCGAGACAUAGAACAAUUUUAUAACACACAAAUUGAUGAAAUGCCUAUGAAUUACCUGCCAUAA